GAGUCUAUUAUUGCAGAAUCUCAAAACAGAAACAAAAAGUACCCUCAUCACGGCGGAUGUUACUUCUGACUCGGCGACGAUCUAUUCGCGGUGGAAAUACGGGGAUCAUCCAACGAUCAGAUCAUACAAAUACGACGAACACGGUUUGUGUCAAUUGGGUCGAAUUGAAACCCGAGAAAAUAAAUUGGUUAUUACAACAGUGAUUUGUGUCGCUGCACGAAAUCUUUUAGUGUGGCCACGACAAUCCAAUCCAGUCCGACCAGGUGCCGAGUGCCGCCGCUGCAAGUCUGGGGCUUUGAAGCUGCCACCUAGCAGAGGAUAUCCAUUUGAUGGACCGGCUAGCUACAUGAAUAAAGGUCCUUUGAAAUUGUUGGUUUGAUUAGCAGUUCUAGAUUCUACUCGUCCAUCCCCUCCGCACACGGUCCGGUCCAGUCCCACACCGGUGCGUAUUUAUUGUUUUUGAAUGUCAAGACGCCUGGAAUCUGAUGAUGCUUAUUUGAGUCACUCCUCGAUUCAGAUCACCGUGGCCGAUAAAGGACGAGACCGGUAUUAAUGCGAUGCAACUUUCUGACACUUCUUUUGCUCGAAAUAGUUUAGACAGUCAACUUUUCCGUGGAGGAUAUAAAGCAUCUUUCGUGGAACAGUCAAUCAACACCUCGACAUACAACACCGGGUACAGUUCCGUCUCGUACCCUUUCUUCAACAUUCCUGUUUACUCCAACCCGCAGACCUACGCCAUGGAGCCGCUGUCCCGGGAAGAACUGGAACGUUUCCAGAAGUUAUCAAACGACUAUGAACCCGAAGUACAGGGACCACUAGUAUCGCCAAAGCAGUCCAGUCAAAUCAUCUCCGCCGAGUAUUCAAAUGCAGAUCCAGCUUUUGUCACUAAGACCAAUGCUCUCGCUGUGACGCAUCCAUUUACACGAAUUAUGAAAGGUGAUGGGAAUUGUGGAUGGCGGGCGGUUGCUUUCGGAUACUUUGAGAACCUCUUCUUCCUUCGCGAUACGAUAAAAGUUCAGUCCGAGUUAGGGCGGAUAAAGUCUAUGAACAGUCUGCUCGAUCAGGUUGGCCAUCAAGAAUAUCUAUACGAGACGUUCGUUGAUGCAACAGAAGAGACGUUCGGGCAGGUGAUUGAUGCGAUACAGAAGGGUGUGCCAGAUGAAAGUUUUCUAGUGGAAAUUUUCAAUGACUACAGUCAAUCCAUGUCGAUAAUCACCCAUUUCAGGCUUCUUACUGGUGCAUGGAUGAAACUGAAUCAAGUGCGUUAUCAAGCGUUCCUAUCCACGCCAGUCGACCAAUAUUGCGCCACACGGAUCGAGCCCGCUAAAACUGAAAUUGACGAAGUGGGACUGCAAGCGCUGGUGGACAGUGUUAUUGAGGGUUCUGAUAUCGCCGUUGAGAUUCUCUAUCUCGACCGAAGUCAGGGUGAUGCGGUUACUCCACACCUUCUAACGCCGAACAGACAGAGCUUAGCCACUAUUAGACUUUUAUAUCGCCCUGGCCAUUAUGAUAUCCUCUACUCGGCUGAACCGACUUUCAACAUGACACCCAUAGUCAACCUUCAAUAUGGGAUGUCGACGGACUUCAAUCCUUGGGACAGCAGCGCUCUCGCAUUCGAUGCAAACCCGCACUUGAUGGCAAUACCAGGUCUCAUGAUGGAUCCAUCUGCAUUCCCUGCAGUAUCCAGUCCAAUGAUGGCAUCUCCUCAACCGCCUCAAUUCAUCCCAUCUCCUUCCCAGCAGGAAUUCUACUCUCCAUCUAUCAGCCCGCCGAUACCGUCUACGGUGUCAUCUCCUGCUCCUCCUUCGUUACCGCUUAGUCUGCCUACGACGAAAUCAUCUGAUGGACCGCAAAUUCGUCUCAAUCCGUUGGUGAUGAAACCGAACCUGAGUCAUUCGCUUCCGGUGACUACUCCAUUCAAAAACUCACCAUACAACCAGGCUCAUUUCCUCAACUCGGAUUUUGAGCCUAUUCAUUGGGAACCGAAUGAGGGACGGAAAUAGACGACAUUAUAUGCUUUGAUCUCGGGGAAAACGGAAUAGAGAAAACAAAAGGGGGAUAUAGUAAUGUCACCAGCGGAAACUCAAACGACCACCAAGACGCAAUAAUCGUCUUUCUACUCGAAAGCAGUUACCUGGGUGCUCUAUCUUCAAUGACUUUUAUACCUACGACGAACGGAACGAAUCAUGCUUUGGAUUUCAUGUGAUAGCGCUUCAGCAUUUUUUUUAUUCUGCUUUCUUCACUUUUGCAGCCAAUUGAGAGAUCAUUCAGUUAGUAUUGUAAGAUGUACUAUCCUCAUUGCCCCUUUUCUGAGUUUUUCUCCUAUGUCAUUGACAAUCGCUAUCAUUUUACUUUAUGAUUCAUGUUUAUGAAAUUGCAUCUUGAUCGGAAUAUGAAUCAUCGGUGGCUUAUGUCCUUUCCGCGAUCGAUAUGACCUGCUUCUCUUUCUCUAUGAUAUAAUAAUAUUUUUAUUUCUGAGGAUGCUGUUCAUCUUUAAGGAGAGCUUCAUACAGUUCAAGAAGAAUAGUGGAGAAAUGCUUGAGGCCCACUAGAGCCAAUCAGCUACUCCUAAGCUUACGCAGCCUCAACAGCAUGUGAUUCUCUCCUUUUGCUACAAACAUA